AUGGAUCCCGCAGACGGCACAGACCCGUACGGCCGCCCUGCGCGCAGGACGCAGUGGAUCGUGAGCGUGUUGGCGUAUCACUACGGCCUGGACCGAGGAGUGGAGAAUGAGAUCAUAGUUCUAGCCACGGGUCUGGACCAGUACCUGCAGGAGAUCUUCCACCACUUGGAUUAUCACGGAGAAGGAAAGAUCCCGGUGGAGGACUAUCAGAUCCUGUGUGAAGUGUUGGGUCUGAGCGCAGACUCUGAGCUCCGGGCGGUGGAUUGCCUCUCGGAGCUCUCCUUCAGACACUUCCACGCCAAACUGUGCGGAUACUUCAGCUCCAAGGCGGGGUGUGAGUAUGAGAGCGGACGGCUGCUGGUGCAGAAGGACAGUCCGCACAUAGAGACUCAGAUCCGCCUGAGGAGCCCCCUGCCCCGGGGCAGGAGGCUGUCUGUCCAGGGCAGCUGUGGCUGCAGAGGGGGCGCCUGUUCCCGGGAGUGUUAUGAGGAGAUCGUGGCUCUGGAGGAGGCGGAGGACCGUGUGUCCAAACUGGAGGAAGACAACGCGAACCUCCGGGAGCUCAUAGAAGACCUGAGAGCGGCUCUGCAGAGCAGCGACGCCCGCUGCCUGGCCCAACAGGUGGGGCUGUGGAAGAGUCUCUCUCGUCACGAUCGAGACUGUUUCAUUGCUCGACACAAACAAACUGAACAGAACAGUCCGAGGGGGCGGAGCCUGAGUGGGAGGGGGCGGAGCCUGAGGAGCCUGCUGCAGGAGAUGCAGAGGCUGCGCAGCUCGCAGCAGCAGCAGCACCUGGAGGAAGCCCAGCUGUGUGUACAGCGGCUGCAGCACGAGGUGUGGAGCUGCAGACAGACCGUGGCGGCUUUAGAGCUCUGUAACCGAGCCCUGACCAAGGACCAGGAAUCCAUGAGGAGCAGAGCGGAGGAGGCGCGGCUCGCUCUGGUCUGUGCCCUCAGCAAAGUCAAAGACCUGGAGUCACAGGUCUCUGAGGUGCGGGGGCUGAAGGAGCAGCUCCAGCACAAUACACAGAGGAACCCCCACCCUCACCCCACCCUCACCCCAACCUCACCCCAACCUCACCCCACCCUCACCCCAACCUCACCCCAACCUCACCCCACCCUCACCCCACCCUCACCCCAACCUCACCCCAACCUCACCCCAACCUCACCCCAACCUCACCCCACCUCACCCCACCCUCACCCCACCCUCACCCCACCCUCACCCCAACCUCACCCCAACCUCACCCCACCCUCACCCCACCCUCACCCCACCCUCACCCCACCUCACCCCACCCUCACCCCACCCUCACCCCACCCUCACCCCACCCUCACCCCAAACUCACCCCCACCCUCACCCCACCCUCACCCCAACCUCACCCCAACCUCACCCCACCCUCACCCCACCCUCACCCCACCCUCACCCCACCCUCACCCCAACCUCACCCCACCCUCACCCCAACCUCACCCCACCCUCACCCCACCCUCACCCCACCCCCCACCCCAACCUCACCCCACCCUCACCCCACCCUCACCCCACCCUCACCCCAACCUCACCCCACCCUCACCCCAACUUCACCCCAACCUCACCCCACCCUCACCCCACCCUCACCCCAACUUCACCCCAACCUCACCCCAACCUCACCCCAACCUCACCCCAACCUCACCCCACCCUCACCCCAACCUCACCCCACCCUCACCCCACCCUCACCCCACCCCCCACCCCACCUCACCCCCCCUCACCCCAACCUCACCCCACCCUCACCCCAACUUCACCCCACCCUCACCCCAACCUCACCCCACCCUCACCCCACCCUCACCCCACCCUCACCCCAACCUCACCCCAACCUCACCCCACCCUCACCCCACCCUCACCCCAACCUCACCCCAACCUCACCCCACCCUCACCCCACUUCACCCCAACCUCACCCCAACCUCACCCCAACCUCACCCCAACCUCACCCCCCCACCCCUCACCCCACCCUCACCCCAACCUCACCCCAACCUCACCCCACCCUCACCCCACCCUCACCCCACCCUCACCCCACCCUCACCCCACCCUCACCCCACCCUCACCCCACCCUCACCCCCACCCUCACCCCACCCUCACCCCACCCUCACCCCACCUCACCCCAACCUCACCCACCCCACCCCCAACCUCACCCCAACCUCACCCCACCUCACCCCAACCUCACCCCAACCUCACCCCACCCUCACCCCACCCUCACCCCACCUCACCCCACCCUCACCCCAACUUCACCCCACCCCUCACCCCAACCUCACCCCACCCUCACCCCAACUUCACCCCACCCCUCACCCCACCCUCACCCCAACUUCACCCUCCCUUCACCCUGUAUCUGAGCUGCUGAAGCCUUCAAUCAGGACGCAGCAACAAAGUGAAACACGGAGGUGCUGUUUGGACACGCAACACGACCGCUGCUCACCGACCGGACGUGCAGUGACCACGCCAGACACAAUGGAGGAGCAGCUGUUCCGGUCGGUGGAGGGUCAGGCCGCCUCCGACGAAGAGGACGACAAAUGGACCAGUGAGAAACAGAAACACGUGGACGAAGUCAAGAAGAUUCUGUCCAGAUUCUCCUGCUGCAGAGACAGAUGCGGCGACGAAGUGUUACGGCUCCGAUCCACCUGUGGCACCACCUGCGGCACCACCUGUGGCACCACCUGUGGCACCACCUGCGGCACCACCUGCGGCACCACCUGCGGCACCACCUGCGGCACCACCUGCGGCACCACCUGCGGCACCACCUGUGGCACCACCUGCGGCACCACUUGCGGCACCACCUGUGGCACCACCUGCGGCACCACCUGUGGCACCACCUGUGGCACCACCUGCGGCACCACCUGCAGUGGAACGACUGAGUUGCUUCACAAAGUCUCCAAACUACACUCAGAUCUGCAGGACCAGGAGAGACACGUACACCAGGACCAGGAGUCCACGGAGCAGCUGCUGCAGAAGGACGAGGAGAGGCGGCUGGGGGCGGAGCUUCGGAGGCUGGGGGCGGAGCUUCGGAGGCUGGAGGCGGAGCUUCAGAAGCAGGAGGCGGAGCGAGGACGACUGUCUCUGGUCGAGGACAAACUCUUGGACAUCCUUCAGCUCCUACAGCAGCUGCGAGAACUGGACGUGUCCCGCCGCUCUCUGGGGAAAAUCCUGCUCAGCACUUUGGGGUCUCGUCGGGACCCUCAGCUCGGUAAAGACCACGUUCUGGAGGUUCUGAGCGCUCUGCACCAGGAGCUGUCUGUGUGUGAGGGCCUGUCCCGCGGGGGGCCCCUGACCAGCGGGGGGCCCCUGAAGAGGACCCAGAGUCAGCAGUCUCUGAACUCCCUCUUUAUCACCUGUUGA